UUCUACUCCACAACCUCCUCUACCUCCACUUCCUCCUGCCCAAAAACCUUCAACACCUCAAAAACCACCGCCUCCUACACAAAAACCUCCGCAACCUCCUCUAGCUACACAACAAGAACUUAAAUCUCCACCUCCUCAGCUUUUCCCUACACAGCCGCCUCAACAAAAAUCAACGCCUCAAAAAUUAGCGCCAAAACCUGCUACCUCUGCAAAACCGCAAGAAAUUAUUCAACCGCCAAUAAUUUCUCCUACAAAAACUCUUCCUAAAUUACCCCUACCUUCAGAAACUCUUCCUUCACUUCCUGAAGCUCUUCCAUUAAAACAGAACAAAUCAUUGGUUCAACAAAAAAUAAAAUGGACAGAUGACAUGGAGAGAGUUCUUACACAUGUAAUUGGAAAGCCCCCUACAGACUUUCAAAGAGAGAGCUAUUUACCAAUGAUUGAAGGUCUUCUGAAGAAAUACAGUUAUCUAAGGAAAGACAAGAUCGACACUACUGUACAAAAACAAAUUAUAGAUUCUAUUUCUCUGUCUUUUCACAAAGACUUUAAACGUUUUAAAUUGGAAUUCUCUCAUCCAAAUAUUAAAUAUUUAUCUUUCUCUCCUCAACUUGGCUAUGUAUUAGGUUUCGAAAAUUCAAAUAUGGUUAUGCAUAAUGAAAUCGCAAAAUAUGGAAGUGACUUGAGAGGAGGAUUCUCUAGCUUUGCUGUCUACUCCAGAGGCUUAACAGAGAAUAUGAUUGUAGGAAACUCGCUUAGCUCAUUAUUGAGGGUUGUGUCUGUCUCCGGAGCAACACCAGGAGAAUAUCAUGAAAAGAUAUAUGACUCUCCUAUUUUUAUCCGUGUACUUCCUAAAGAAAUUAAUGAAAUAGGAAUUGAAUUAAGAACAAUGGAUGGAGGAAGACUCGUCCCUUUUGCAUUUGGAACAGUGAUGAUCGUCUUAAUAUUUAAGAAAGUUAUAAAUUUUUAA